AUGUCGAGUCAAGACAACAAUGGUCUUCCUAAUUCUUUUGGAUAUGUUUUUCCUCUACUUUUUAAAGAUCACCUUCCACAUUCUGAUCAAGGUGAAAUUAUGUUCCUUUCUUCUAGCAAUGAUGGAACUGGAUGUCAUGCUUCUCCAAUUCUACCUCAUCAUCCUCCUCCAGUGACUCUCCUCAUGUCCCAAGUUGAAAGAUAUGAAACUACUCAAUCCUUAUUGGCAUGCAAGCAUCAAGAUGGAAAUCCUAUAUCUAAAGACGGAUUUCAAUCGAUGAUGCAUCUUCAUCCGGGAUUGCUUCCAAUGAAAUUCCUCAAUCUAGCUCUAUUCCAUCAGUGCCGAGGACCUUGUCAACCACGUGAUCAUACAUUUCCAACAAAAAAGAUAGGAGGUAGGACAAGGCGUUUCAAUCUGGCUUGGUUUGAUCAUCGUCAAUAUAGUAAAUGGUUGGAGUAUAGUAGAAAAACAAAUGAAGCCUUUUGUUUGUGUUGUUACUUCAUUAAAGAUGUGACAAGUAAAAGUGGCGGCGGUGAUGCUUUUGUAACAGAAGGUUUUAGCUGUUGGAAUAAACCGGAAAGACUUAAAACUCAUGAAUGCAAUUUCACUAGUUCCCAUUCCAUAGCACUUAAAAAAUGUGAAGAUUUGAUGAGACAAAAUCAAUCUAUUGCCACUGCUCUUCAUAAACAAUAUGAUGCUAUAAGGAAUGAACAUCGAAUCCGAUUAAAUGCUUCCAUUGAUACUUCUAGAUGUUUAUUAAAUUGUGCAUUGCCUUUUCGUGGUCACGAUGAGUCUGAAAUGUCUCUUUUUAGAGGAAAUUUUUUAGAAGUAUUGAAUUUGGUUCGGGAUCAAAAGGAGAGUGUAUGGAAAGUUAUGUUACAAAAUGCUCCGAGGAACAAUCAAAUGGUGGCUCCAUGUAUUCAAAAAGACAAUGCUCGUUGUUUUGCACAAGAAGUACUUAAAUCAAUUUUUGAAGAAAUUGGUGAUGACGUUUUUGCUUUAUUAGUUGACAAGUCCAGCAAUAUAUCUAAAAAUGAGCAAAUGGCAGUGGUUUUACGAUAUGUUACAUGUGGGAUUGUUAAAGAACGGUUUAUUGGUCUUGUUCAUGUGAAUGAUACAUCUGCAUUGUCUAUAAAAUCUGCUAUUGACUCUUUAUUUUCUGAAUAUGGAUUGAGUUUGACGAAGAUCAAGGGUCAAGGGUAUGAUGGAGCAAGUAAUAUGAGUGGAAACUUUAAUGGUUUAAAAUCUUUAAUAAUGGGAGAAAAUACGUCUGCAUAUUAUGUUUAUUGCUUUGCUCACCAACUUCAGCUAGUCAUUGCAAAAAAAAACAUCACGAUGUUGGAGUCUUUUUUGAUAUGGUAUCUGUUCUAA